AUGUCAAGUGAAGAAAUUGUUAGCCGGACAAGGUUACUGGAAAAUGAAAUUAAGAUUAUGGAAAGCGAAAUAGCUCGAGUAAACCAUGAAAGGGAGACUCAGGCAGAAAAGAUUAAGGAAAACAAUGAGAAAAUUAAGGUCAACAAACAGCUCCCCUACCUGGUAUCCAAUUUGAUUGAGAUUCUUGAUGUUGAUCCUGAUGAUGAAGAAGAAGACGGAUCGAAUGUUGACCUCGAUUCACAACGUAAAGGAAAAUGUGCAGUCAUUAAAACUUCUACUAGACAAACCUACUUUUUGCCUGUGAUCGGCCUGAUUGAACCGGAGAAAUUACGUCCCGGGGAUUUGGUGGGUGUCAAUAAGGACUCUUAUUUAAUUUUAGAACCGUUACCUGCAGAAUAUGAUUCUCGUGUUAAAGCCAUGGAAGUUGAUGAACGCCCAACAGAGCAAUAUAGUGAUAUUGGCGGCCUAGACAAGCAAAUUCAGGAGCUGAUUGAAGCAGUCGUAUUACCGAUGACUCAUAAAGAUAGAUUCGAAUCCAUUGGUGUUCAACCACCGAAAGGUGUUCUUUUAUACGGUCCUCCGGGAACUGGAAAAACGCUGCUGGCUCGCGCUUGUGCCGCGCAGACCAAAUCAACAUUCCUCAAGUUGGCCGGUCCACAGUUAGUUCAGAUGUUUAUUGGCGACGGAGCUAAACUAGUUCGUGAUGCGUUCUUGCUGGCUAAAGAAAAGGCUCCAGCAAUCAUUUUUAUUGAUGAACUAGACGCUAUUGGUACAAAGAGAUUCGACAGUGAGAAAGCCGGUGAUAGAGAGGUGCAACGUACCAUGUUAGAAUUAUUAAAUCAAUUAGAUGGAUUUAGCUCUAGCAAUGAGAUUAAAGUAAUAGCCGCCACUAAUCGUGUAGACAUCCUUGAUCCUGCAUUAUUGAGAUCCGGACGGUUAGAUAGAAAGAUUGAAUUUCCAGCACCAGAUGAGGAAGCUCGAGCCCGUAUAUUACAAAUUCACUCACGAAAAAUGAAUGUCAGUUCCGGCGUUAAUUUUGAAGAGCUAGCAAGGUGUACAGAUGAUUUUAAUGGAGCUACGUGUAAAGCUGUUUGUGUGGAAGCGGGAAUGAUUGCCCUGAGACGCAGUGCAUCUGAAGUAUCGCAUGAAGACUUUAUGGAAGGGAUAAUGGAAGUACAAGCUAAGAAGAAGACAAAUCUAACGUAUUAUGCUUAG